UUCAAAAUCCAAAGAAAGGGAAAAGGAAAUUGGAUGAAUUGUCUACUCUUGCUCCUCCCCCAAAUAGUAUGCCUUCACCUCCCCGCCGUGUUACUCCACCUCCUCUCGCUACUGAUUUGCCUUCUCCUCCUCACUCUACUACUCCUACUCCUUGCGCUACUCGUUUGCCUUCUCCUCCUCAUAUUACACCAACUCUUCUUAAAUCUCUUCCUCGUAUUCCCCCCGCAAAUAUUUUGCAUUCUCCUCCUCUAGUCGAUACUCUUCGUCCUGAUAUACCUCCGGAUAAUGUAGAGUUAGAGAAGGAGCUCCAAGAAUUUUAUGAUGGUUUAAUGGCAGCUACAACAGGAAUAACUUCAUCUCCGAAGAAGUUAGAAGAGACUGAACAAAAAAAGGAUGGUACAAUAAAUGCUCCUAUAUAA